UCUGGAGUCAGAAACCUGUGCAUUUCCAGUUUAGACAGUCUCCUCUUCUAUGCUUUCCAAAAGGCUUCUCCCCAGUGGUCCAGGAAAGGGUGUUCACCCACUAAGGCAUUAUGAAAGACUUCGACUUCAGAGUUACUAUCGUGGUUAUAGGUCUUUGCUUUCGGGGAACAGCGACAAACCCAUCAAGAAAAAGCAGUAUUUUCCGCAGUUCUGGGUACCAGUGGGAUGGGCAUCUUCUGGCAAACUGGUCUUCAACAAGACACACAUCACAGAUGACAGAGACUGUGGAUAUGAGCUCCCGUUUCCUUCGAGUCCUCUUCCAAUCUCACACGAGGAAAGAAUGGCAAAUAAAACAUCUGGACCUGAGUAACCGUAGCAUAUCGGAAAUGACCCUCAGCUGGCUCGCUCCUUUACAUGCUUUGGAAACACUAAACCUCAGCAACAACGCCAUGCGCUCCCUCUGGCUGGAUCUGCCCUUGGCUCUCCCCUCGCAGCGAAGCGGCGCCCACAGCGGACUGCCCCAUCUAAAGGUGCUGAUACUUCAAAGAAAUCAACUCAGUGGCACUCCUAAAGGACUGUGGAAGCUGAAGUCGCUGCAGAGUCUGGAUCUGUCAUUCAACAGGAUAGUUCACGUUGGGCUGUCUGAUUUUCACAGCUGCCUGCAGCUGGAGAGCAUCUAUUUAAAGAGCAACAAGAUAAGCACGAUUCACCCUGAAGCCUUCCAGGGCCUCAAAAAAUUACAGGUGGUAGACCUCAGAAGCAAUGCCCUGACCGCCCUGGCACCCAUUGUGACCAUUGCUCUGGAACUACCCCACCUGGAACUUGACUUGGCUGGUAACCAGUGGCAAUGUGACCACAGCAGUGCCAGCCUUCAGAAUGCCACCUCUGCAUCCUGGAGGGAGAAGUGGGAUGCCAUCUGCAGCACGGCUGUGGAAAAUGAGAAGCCAUAUUUGGAGACCCCCCAGAUCAGAAUUUCCAGGGAAACACAUCUUCCUGCUACUCCGAAUGACACGAAAAGCCUCAUGCAGAGCAAAGCAGAGAAGCCCAAGGAAGGAGUGGAUGUUCACCUUUCCGCUCUGGAAAAGGCAGGCCAGGUGGGCUACGAUGACCUCAAGGAGAUACAGCCACAGCCCCCCACAGGACUCAGAGACUCUCGCGAUGAUAAUGUCACUGACAGAAAGGACGAUGAUUCUCCAAACCUUGUCCUAGCCAUCUGCCUGUCGGUGUGCAUCACAUUCGUGGUGGCUUUCGGCCUGGGUGCCUUCAUGAGGCCUGAUAUUGACAGACUGUUGCAAAAAUGCUGCCUGAACAAAACGUCUGGCUCAGGAGAGGCCUAUUCAAAUGAGGGCUUCUAUGAUGAAGUUGAAAUUUCCCUACCUGAACAGCACCAAGGGACAGAACCACACCAAGCAUCCCACCAGCUAAAGCUUUAUGAGAGCGAGAACCCUUCCUGGGCAACAGAGCCAAUGCCAUAUGAUAUUGUCAUGCCAGAAAGGGUACCGGGGAGCGGCAGAAUGGAUCUCAGUCAUCAACAGAACCCAGUGCAACUCGAGGACAACACUGGGGCACGAAGCAGAGAUGGCAAUGUGCUUCCAUGUGGCCGUGCAGCCCCCUCUGCUCUCCAUGGACUUCCAAAUGCUGGUACUCAUGAGCUGAUUUCAGCGGCGCAGGAUAACUAUGAAGAAUUACAUUAUGACACGGUGGACCAUGAAUCUUCUCUCUACGAGGGUGUGACAGAUAGGUCUUCCAUUUCUAGCUCUCUGGAAGUUAUCCCCGGCUCCAUCAAUGGUGAAUGGGAUGAAUUGUGCCUGUCACAGUCAAGAGAUGUUGUGGCUCCUGUCUCCAAAACUCUAGCACCUACAAAUACACAGUGCUCUGGGGAGAGUAAGGAAAGGGGGUGCCCUGAACCUUUGGGAGCUAUGGGCUCACCGAUGGAAUCUUCCAAGGAAAGGCAGGCGAGCAAUUUCGUUAGGGGGAUGGCCACAUGGGAGCCAAGCUUCCAGAAAGCCGAUGCUGAGGAAAGAGUUUCCAAUGUCUAUGAUGAGGUCCUACACCAUAACCCAAGAGAUGUAGACCCACCCUCCCUUGUGCCAAGGUGGGCCAGUGGCCCUCAUAUCACACCUGUCACCGAGGAGCCUGUGCCGAGAGAUGCCCCUUUUGACUCUCUUUAUGACUUGGUGGCCAAUUAUGAUUCUGACUCUGACGAGGGCUCUUUGUUUACCCUUAGUUCUGAGGAUUCUGAGGAUCCAAGGAGUUUGUCUGAAGGACAGGCAUCUGUGGAGAAUGCGGGGGCCAGUCAGCCCCUGCCCAGCAGGAACUUGGGAGACUAUCAGGAUGAUGUGACAUCAGCAGAAAAUGAUGAGGACAUCACCCCACAGAGGAUUCUGGAGAUGUGUGAAAUCCAGGAUGCUCUUUUUGGAAACCUCUUCAUUUCUGCUCCAGACUCGUUUGUUGAGAUGGACCUGGGAAGAGCCUUGAACUCCAUUGUCCCUGAGAAUAUAACAACUUGGACCCAACCCCUUAGUCAGGAGACCCUGGACAUCUUUGUAUGUGAUGGUGACAUAGGACCCCAGCUGGAGGCAGUGGAAGGCCUUAGAGACCUGGAAUUCCCAAACGUGGGUCCUUCACCGUCACCACUGCAGUCUGCUGGAGAUUCCUCAGCUCCUGAGGAGCCUGGCACCAAUGAGAAGUAACCGUUGGUAAACGGCCCCCUUUUAUGGCCUGGGGAUAAAGCUCUGCUGGUAGAGUGUAGAAUCCAGGGCUCACCAUGCAUGAAGCCCUGGAUUCAGUCCCCUGCACUGUACAAACUGAGCACAGUAGCCCGCACUGUCCUCCCAGCAAUCAGGAGAUAGAGACAGGAAACACCAGGAUUUUUCAGGGUGGGUGACAGAGUGU